UUUACAUUCGCCUUCGCCAUCGUUCUCUUCCAAACAUCAAUUGUUUUCCACGCUACCUCUUGUCACCCCAGAGCACUUCGCAAGAGAACAAAGCACUCAGCAAACAUCAGCAUCACCACCAAGCACGUGCAACGCGCACAGAAAGAGCAAGCAAUCGCAACCGACCGCAGUCAUGGCGGGCAAAGAAGCGACAGUGUACAUCCUGGAUCUGGGUGCGCCCAUGGGCAAGAAGCGUCAUGGACGUGACCACACAGACCUUGAAUGGGCGCUGGAGUACGUGUGGGACAAGAUCACAACAACAGUUGCGACUGGCAGGAAGACGGCGCUAAUGAGUGUCAUUGGGUGUCGCACGGAUAAGUCUGAUCUCAAUGGUGUCAUGGAAGAAGCUGAGGGCUAUGAAAAUAUAACGGUAUUCUCGGAGUUAAAACAGUACUUGUUGAGCGAUAUACGGAGACUGCAGAACAAGCUGAAGCCUAGCAAGACAAACGAGGGAGAUUUGAUUUCUGCUUUAGCAGUCGCCGUUCAGUUGAUGGACAGCGCAACCCAGAACAAAGCUGGCAAGCCGCUGAAGUACGAUCGCCGGAUCAUCAUCGUAACUGACGGGAGAGGUGAGAUGGAUGAUGGUGACCUGGAUGACAUCGCGAUGAAGAUCAAGGAUACCGAGGCACCAAUCGAAAUCGUACUUCUCGGCGUUGACUUCGACGAUCCGGACUAUGGCUACAAGGAGGAGGACAAGGAUGCUGCGAAGGCCAACAAUGAGGAGGUACUGAAGGGUUUUGUGGAAAAGUGCAACGGCAACUUCGGCACCCUCGCCGAAGCUGUCGAGCAGCUCAACAUCCCGCGUCUGAAGCAACCAAGGCCAAUACCAAGCUUUAAGGGCGAACUGACUCUCGGAGAUCCGCAAAAGUUCGACGCUGCUCUGACCAUUCAUGUAGAGCGAUACCCCUGCACUAUGCUUGCCAAACCACCAACAGCGAGCUCAUUUGUUGUACGCACAGACCUCGGCACUUCAGGCCUGAGUGAUCGAUCCUCAGCUACCAUAGUUGGCGAGGAUCACCCGAUGAGCGAUCUGGCGGCUGUGCGACAUCAGCGCGAUUACCAGAUCGAUGACCCUGAAGAGCCGGGCACUAAAAAGAACGUUGAGUUAGAAGAACUGGAGAAGGGCUAUGAGUACGGCAGAACAGCCGUCCACAUCGCUGAGUCUAACCUUAACGUUGUGAAGCUGGAAACAGAGCCCUCACUGCGUAUUGUCGGGUUUGCGAGGGAAGAAGAAUUCAAACGCUACCUUCCCAUGAGCCGGACGAACUACAUUGUGCCGCAGAGAACGAAUCAAAUGGCACAGCUGGGCUUAUCUUCCUUCAUACACGCUCUUCACGAAGGUGGCCUGUACGCUGUUGCACGCUUAGUCACUAAAGAGAACAAGCCACCAAUCAUGGUCCUUCUAUCACCACGAAUCGAGCCGGACUUCGAGUGUCUGAUCGAUGUAGAGCUGCCCUUUGAGGAAGACAUGCGACGAUACAAGUUCCCUCCCUUGGAUCGCAAGCUCACAGUUAGCGGGAAGGUUAUUACAGAACACAAGGACCUACCAAAUGCCGACCUUACGGCCGCAAUGGGCGCUUACGUCGAUGCUAUGGACCUCUCCACCUUUUCAAAAGAUGAGGACGGCAACCCUGACGAGUACGCAAAGCCCGAGGAUACGUACGCACCGCUCGUACACCGCAUCAACCACAUCAUCAGAUGGCGCGCCACACACUCCGAUCCCACCCUCACCAUCCCAGACCCGCCCGAAAUCCUCAUGAAGUACUCCAACCCACCCUCAGACCUCGUCGAGCGCGCAAACAGCAUUCUUGAAUCCCUCAAAGUCGCAUCAGACGUCAAGAAAGUACCUCCCAAAGUCAAGGGUCGCGGCAAGCGCAAUCGCUCCGAGCGCGAGAAGCCCAUUUCCGGUCUCGAUAUCGAUGCGCUUCUGGGCAACCCAACACAAGUCAAGAUCGACCCUGCGAAUCUCGUUCCGAGCUUCAAGCAGGCACUUGCUGUCACAGAUGAUCUCGCUGCUAUACAGUCCGCUGCUGAUGCCAUGGCGAAGGAGAUACGCAAUCUUGUGAAGAACAGUGUGGGCGAGAGUGCGUAUGGGCGAGCGCUUGAAGCAGUCCGUGUCAUGCGCGAUGAGUUGACUGAACUCGAAGAGCCGGAGAUGUACAACAACUUCGUGAGAGAGUUUAAGAAAGAGCUUCUGGAAGAUGCGCUGAAUGGCGAUCGAAGGGAGAUGUGGUGGAGAGUCAGGGGCAGCAAGUACGGGCUGAUCGAUCAGAAGAGAUCUUUGGUCAGCGACGUUACGGAGAAGGAGGCGGACGACUUCUACAAGACUUAGGUGGCCAUGGUGACAUACGGGCCCUGUAAGCCGCAGGUGCAGGAUUACGUCCGCUAUGGGCAGUGAUUGUUUGGAAAGCUCACGCCCCGAGACGAUUUAACGAUGGUUGCACAAUACCACAAAUAUUUUUGGAAAC